AUGUCCAAUGAGACCCAGAAAGCCGACCAGAUAGCUCACAGGUUCUACACGAAGCUCACUCUUGUCGUCUAUCAUGCCAGGGCAACCCUCGAGCCCCUUCCGCAGGCUAAAGUGGAUAAGUGGUUCAAUCUCGAGACACCAGACCCUGACAUACUCAAGGAGCACACCCGACUUUACCGUUCUAUCUCCUCCGCAGCGUCGACGCCCGCUUUCCGCCUCCAAGUUGUGCUGCGUGUCCCCGAGCUGACGAACAAUCAAGUGCUCCUCUAUCUCCCUCUCGACUCUACGAGACAGCAAGUCGACCCGACUCCGAGAUUCAUCCUGCUCGAAUCAUGGGAUAUCACUUUCUCGCCCAGGAACACUUACGCUCGCCCCGGUGUCGAUGAGGUGGAUGUUGCGCCGGCGACGAUGUACAAGCACGGCGUCCCGCUGUUCCGGAGUAUAUUCACACUUCUCCGCAUCAUUCCUGCAUGGAAGCUCGCUCGAAGGCUGCGCAGGCGCACAGUUGGGCGGAAUGGGCACUUUAGCAUUGAGUUGCGCGUGCAGGCAGGAGAUGAUGGCCGCGAAGGCAUUCUGGGGUUCGACUCGCCUUUCGCUCCCGGAAGGGGUCAGCUUGCACAGGAUGCACACGCGUUUCCCCCUAUCACGCACCCAUCGGGCACACUUGCGUUUUCUGUGACAUAUCUGACAGCGCCUCACUUCGAAGUGGAUGAACGCGAGUCACACCUAUCUCGUUUUCUGUCAUUGGACGAGGGUACCGAGUUUACGCCAACACUGGUGAAGAACCAGCAGCGCGAUUCGUUAUCGACCUCACCUGGUAGCCUGCCGAUGCGCACGUCUCUCCCUCGCUCUCCCCCAUCGGUUGCAGACCGCUUCGUGGUACCACCGCCAAUAAGCUCUCGCGCCACAUCGUUUCCUACCCAUAACAGCAGCCCGCGCAUGCAGAACGUGGCGUUGCCUUCUACGCGGCGACCAUCAAAUGCGGGGCUAGGAGCGACGGGAUCAGCGUCUGGGUUGUCGGACGCGUCGUCUUCGAGGCAGGGUACGGGGUCAGUUGGUGAGGGUCAGACUGUGUCUGCCUUAGCAGCUAGAUUGAGGAGAGAAAGCACGGGGAUGGUGCGCGGCGGGGAUCAUGCCUCUGCUCCAGGUCCUGUGCCGAUUCGCCGCUCACCGAUAAACCCUGUCAACCCGUUCAAAUCCUCAACACUGUCAUCCGGUUCGCCCUCUCUCCACUCGCCAUCGCCUUCGCUCCGUCAGCACUCGCCUUUGUCUUCACUCCCUGGUGGCGCGGGUCCUUCACUUCCAUCGCGACCUGCGUAUACGUCACCGACGUCCUCACGAGCAAUUUCGAGUACCGGCCCGAUUGGAAGCAGAGCACCGUCAUCUCCUGUGACGCCAUUCCGGCCUUCUCCCCCGUUUGCGCCAUCGAGCUUGGGCGGGCGUUCUUUGGCGAGUGCAGAAGGCGCUUUAGCGGGCGUCUCGGAAAGUCCUAGGUUGGCGAGCGGCAAGAGAUAUUCAAGUAGUUUUGGACAUCGGUAUGCGGCAACGGGAGGCGCGGGUAGUGAGGGUAGUGCAGGGAGUGGGGCGAAGGAGGUCAUUGUGGGUGCUGUGUUGAUGCUCAUGACUCCUCAGGGCGCUUCAUUCCUCAGCACGAAUACGGAUGACGAUGACAUCUCGGCAUUUGUACAGGAUAUCGACGCGCGGAAGCCAUUAGUUGGGAUGAGAGAACAGAGCACGCCACCACAAACAGUGUCCCCAGAAGAGGAUUCGAGCUCUGGGAGAGAGGAACGGUCGCCGAGCGUGCAUUCACGCACACGAACAGGGUCCAUGCCUGAGCCGAUGCUCGCCACCGAGGCUGCGGUGGAUGAGCGCCUGCGGGAGAUGAACGAGGCAUUCAUGACGAGUUUACGGGGUCUCGGAGGAAGGCGGCGAGCGCGUCAGGGAUCUGGAAAUGGUAGCGGAGCGACCACUGAGAACCGUCCUGAUAGGGCGGAGGGUGUAGGGUCAGGUGCGACGAGAAUUGAUAUUGGCGGGAUUGCGCUGCCUCCAGAGUACGUGCGACCACGACUGGGGUCCGCUGCCAGUGCAGGGUCGGGGUUCAGUAUUGCAUCGGGGGAGGUGCUCGGGCGGAUGGAUCCCGAGGUCCCUGGUGAUACAGGAAGAUGUAAUCGUUGA